AAAAAAAAGUAAACUACAAGAUGGCUGACAAUAUUAUUAAGAAUGCAGUGUCUGACAAAAAUAUUGAUAGAUCUCGAUAGAGAGUUAUUUUUUAGUCAAUAAAAAAGUUAAAAUAAUAUGGAAGAUGUGAUUGAGCAUGUCAACCUAAAACCGGAGCCUUCCUAUAGAAACAGCUCAGCUUCUGACAAGGCUCUGAUGACUGCUGACAAUCCAUUUACUCCACACUAUGAUCUGUCACUCCUCCCUGAACACAGGCAGCCAAUGCAGAUCCCAAGCAAUUCUGUUCUCCCUGGAGAAAGUUCCAGCACUGAGGUACCCAAUGACAAGUCAGAUGUUGCUGAAGAUGCCAUUGACAGUGAAUCAGUGAAAGGGAUAUUUGGAUGGGCAACUGUCGAUGGCACUUGCAUUCCCACUAUCCUUAGAAGGCAAAAGAAAUUUGUUUCUGUUCGGAUAGUGGAGCGAAAACUGCUCAGCAAGUAUCCUAAUACAUUUCCCGAUGAGCUGGGGAAAAAAGAUCCUCUUGUUAGUUAUUUUAUUACAGCAGCUGAAGCAAAACUUCUCAAUGAGAUCAAUGUCACCCAUUGUGACUAUGAGUAUGGGCACAAUCCUUUUACAGUGAAAGAUCUUAUCGUAGACUUGGAGGAGUUUGAAGAGUUCUUCAAAAUUGUGAAAAAGACAUUUCCUGCAGAGGUUUUAGCUAAAAUUGGAGGAGAACUCUCUUUAUCAGCUGCAGCACCAUUAGGGAAAACUGAUCUUUCACAAUGCUGUGGAUGGAUGCAGAUUAAUAACACUGUAUCUCCAUACAUUCUGCGUACUGAAAAUGGGAAACAAGUUAAGUUGGUCCCAUUGUCUGUUAUAGUCUAUGCUGCAGGGCUGUUAACUAAUUCAAGUGUAGAUGGAUUACUUCCUACACCGCAAGAAUGUUCUUUUCUGAAUGAAGCUUGCAAGACAGCAGGAUUUGAGUUUGAGUUUGGUAAAAACACACGGUUAAUAUCUAUUAAUGAAGUUUUGCAAAGAUGUCAAGUUCAGCUUUUUGAAUUGCCAUUUAAAAAUCCUUUACAACACGCUCGUUACUUGGAUUCACGGACAGGUCAGCCAUCAUCCAGUCCUUUAGUGACACCUAUAUCUCAGGCUAAUUCUACAGCAUCUUUGCACACACACCAGCCACCUAGGCCAGUGAGAGCAUCUCCUAGCCAGCCAGCUAAUAUGGAACUGAUUCCAGUUUCUCAACCAGAUAUAAACCCAUUUUUAUCUAUGUUUCAGUCUCCUAGUCUACGUCCCCAGAUGCUUGGCUUGUCUGGUAAUUACAAUGCUCUCCAACAGCAUUAUGCUGGCAUCGACCCUGCACGCUUGCCUCUGCAGCGAUCUCAGUUGAUUGCAGACAAUGCGGUAGACAAUAGUGGUGCUGCCAUUUCUCAUUCAAUCCCAGGAUUAUCUUGGCCAGGAAUGCCUAGAUUGCCACCUCCGGCUCAUUCAAACACUUCUUCUAUGAUGGUCAAAACACCACCAGUCACCCCAGAUCCUCCCAUAUCUGUGGCAUAUCCUCUUUCAAGUCUUCCUCAGCAACCCAAGAUUUCUCCAUCCAUGCCAGAUCUAAGCCAUCCAAUCUAUCAACGCUCUCAUGCACCACAGAGACCUUCUGUUUCUCAGCUUCUGCAGAAAGACAAUUCAGCCCAUAUGGUCAGAUAUCCCCCACCUGUCACAGGAUUGCCCCCAUCACCUCAUCAGUAUGCACAAUCGUCAGCGUUUCCAUUUGGAGUCAACCAGUUUGAUAGUUCUCUUUUUGCUAGGACAGAAAUUCCAGAUCCAAGAUAUCUACGAGACUCUACUGGAGCCAAUUCAGCAGGUUCUCGGAGGCGAAGCCUCGAGUCUCCACAAAAUUCUGCACUUCACAUGCCCCACUUUGCUCAGUUAAUGCACGCCACACCUGCAUCUUAUUCCAGCAAUAAUAAUUACCAGAAAGCGGAGCUUUCUCGAAUGAUCUCUGCCUGCUUAGUCAAUGGAAAAAGCAUAUCUUGUUUGAAUGUGAAUUUUUCACACCGUAAAGGCAACUUUUGUCUAGUUGAGGCUGUCUCAAAAUUGUAUUUUCCAACUGUUCCACUGGCUGAAUUUGUGAAAGUUUUACAAACUAUUUUAAAAGUAAAUCUCUACGAAUGCACUGCAGAGGAAGAAGCUGCCUUUGUUCAGUAUUACAAUCUUCCCGUCAACAAACUGAAGUGUAACAAAAUCAUCAGGGUAGAUGACCUUGAGAACUACUUCCCUCAACUUAAUUAUAUGUUUACCAAAUGCUCGACAGAGCAGGCUAGUAAGUCUGAUGCUCUAGCUGGGCAUAAGAGGCGUGCCUCCUCCCCUCUCACUGGUCAGCCUUCCAAGAUGCAGCAUCCUAAAUCGGAAGGUGUUAGCGGCAUGCAUCAUGGCACUGGUGCAGGUGUUGCGUCAAAUGGAGGUAUGUGAGAUCUUGAUUUGCUCAUCUGAUGAAUAAUACAUUUCUAAGCACACGAUAUCAAGCUCUUGAUGCAGCUCCUGUGAUUGUUAUAGAUGAGUAAAGAACUAAUGAUCCUCAUCUACGUAUAGAAAGGAUGAUGUCCACCUAGUAUAUAUAUAUAUCAAUGAAAACAGCAUGCUAGACAUGCAGGAUAUUUACAAUCAAAUGUUAUGAUUUACUUUCAAUGUAUCUGCUAGGCAAUAGUCACUCCAACAAAAGUAUUAUUUACGUUUCAUCAUGUGGUACGUCAUGUUUAGGAACAUGUUUGUUCUUCCUUCCAUGUAUUUGUUUAUUUAUGAUAGAGACUUCAGGCCUAAUUUCUUUGGUUGCUUCAUUGUCUCUCAAAAAAAAAAUCAAAAUUUUUUUUCCUUAUUGUCAUGUUUAAUUUAUUUAAUACAUAUGCUCUUACUUUUUUGAAAUUAAUUAUUCAUAACCUUAAACAUGCUGUUACUUUUUUUGUUUAAACUUAUUUCAGUUGUAUCAUCUCUCUUGCUAAAGGCAGGUAGAAUUUUGGGAUGAGUCUUAGAUUUAUACACGUUAAUCUUGAACACAAUUUUUGUCACCUUGUAUCAUGUGUGCUAAAGUUCUGUAAAUAAAUUGUAUAUGUGCUAUGAUCAGUACUUGAACAAAGAACAGUCAGUGUACAAAGUGUGUUUCUGUCUAUCCUCACAAUUUAAGCUUAUUCAUAUAAGAUAUGAUAGUGUCUCCACCACCCUAUUCAAUGAGCUUUGCCUUAAGAAUAGAAAACACAAGCUUUGCUGACACUGGUCCCCAUAGUGCUCAUGUGCCAUAAAUCAUACUUGUAUUGAUUAUUGAAAUUAAAAAAAAAAUUACGGGGGGGGGGGCGCUAAUUUUUUAGGGUUUAAAAAAAAAACGACAAAAGCCUCAGCUGUCAGCAUUAAUGUAGCCAAGAGGAAACGUUUUAUUCUUGGAUGGACCUGCACUUCUGUUUUAAAUUUCACUGCCCCCU